GCAUGCUGUGAAGGGGCUGGCCCCUCCUCCAGUUCCAACCCCACCCACAGUGCCCCUCUUCUUCAUCUCCCAAGCGCAGCACUCCAUCACAGCUCCCCCGCACCUGGUCUCGCCUGCUACUUCUCCGCCCCUCCCUUCUAACCACCGGUCAGACGGCCUGGGCGCUCAGGCAGAGCCGGCGGCGCGCUGGGGGCAUGCGCUCUAUGAAGGCUCUGCAGAAUGCGCUGAGCCGGGCGGGCGAUGACUGCCGGCGGGGAGGCUGGGGUCACCUGAGCCGCAGCCCCCUCCUUGGCGGGGGCGUCCGGCACCUCCUCAGUGAGGCCGCGGCGCAAGGCAGAGAGACACCGCACAGCCACCAGCCACAGCACCAGGAUCAGUUUGGGGCUUUGGGUCCGCCACGCUUGGGCGGUGACGUGCGGUGGCCGGGGAGGGCGUUUGGGCAGGUCGGCCCUCGAGAUGGUGCCUGUCCAAGUGAUUCAUCAGAGAGUGGCAUGCUGUCCCGCCUGGGUGAUUUGCUUUUCUACACCAUUGCGGAGGGGCAGGAACGAAUCCCUAUCCACAAGUUCACUACGGCACUGAAGGCCACCGGACUACAGACAACAGAUCCCCGGCUCCAGGACUGUAUGAGUCAGAUGCACCGCAUGGUCCAAGAAUCCAGCAGUGGUGGCCUUUUAGACCGAGAUCUCUUCCAAAAGUGUGUGAGCAGCAACAUUGUACUCCUGACCCAGGCAUUCCGAAAGAAGUUUGUCAUUCCUGAUUUUGAGGAGUUCACGAGCCAUGUGGAUCGCAUCUUUGAGGAUGCCAAAGAGCUCACUGGAGGCAAAGUGGCAGCCUACAUCCCUCAGCUGGCCAAGUCUAACCCAGACCUGUGGGGUGUCUCCCUGUGCACUGUGGAUGGUCAGCGGCACUCUGUGGGCCACACAAAGAUCCCCGUCUGCCUGCAGUCCUGUGUGAAGCCCCUCACCUAUGCCAUCUCCAUAAGCACCCUAGGCACUGACUACGUGCACAAGUUUGUGGGCAAAGAGCCCAGCGGCCUGCGCUAUAACAAGCUCUCCCUCAAUGAGGAAGGAAUUCCCCAUAACCCCAUGGUCAAUGCUGGUGCCAUUGUCGUCAGCUCCCUGAUCAAGAUGGACUGUAACAAAGCGGAGAAGUUUGAUUUUGUGUUGCAAUAUCUGAACAAAAUGGCUGGGAAUGAAUACGUGGGUUUCAGCAAUGCCACAUUCCAGUCAGAGAAGGAAACAGGGGAUCGGAAUUAUGCCAUCGGCUAUUAUCUCAAGGAAAAGAAGUGCUUUCCUAAGGGGGUAGACAUGAUGGCUGCCCUCGAUCUCUACUUCCAGCUGUGCUCUGUGGAAGUCACCUGUGAAUCAGGGAGUGUCAUGGCAGCCACCCUCGCCAAUGGCGGGAUCUGCCCCAUCACAGGCGAGAGUGUGCUGAGCGCUGAAGCAGUACGCAACACCCUAAGCCUCAUGCAUUCCUGUGGCAUGUAUGACUUCUCUGGCCAGUUUGCCUUCCAUGUGGGCCUGCCAGCCAAGUCAGCUGUGUCAGGAGCUAUACUCCUGGUGGUACCCAAUGUCAUGGGAAUGAUUUGUCUGUCACCUCCAUUGGACAAGUUGGGGAACAGCCAGAGGGGCAUUAACUUCUGCCAGAAGUUAGUGUCUCUCUUCAAUUUCCACAACUAUGACAACCUACGGCACUGUGCUCGGAAGUUAGACCCACGGCGUGAAGGGGGAGAAGUUCGGAACAAGACUGUGGUGAACCUGUUAUUUGCUGCCUCUAGUGGAGAUGUCUCAGCUCUUCGAAGAUUUGCCUUGUCAGCCAUGAAUAUGGAACAGAAAGACUACGACUCUCGCACAGCUCUGCAUGUUGCUGCAGCUGAAGGACACACUGAAGUUGUUAAAUUCCUGAUUGAGGCUUGCAAAGUGAAUCCUUUUGUCAAGGACAGGUGGGGCAACAUUCCCCUGGAUGAUGCUGUGCAGUUCAACCACCUGGAGGUGGUCAAACUACUUCAAGAUUACCAGGACUCCUACAUACUCUCUGAGACUCAGGCUGAGGCAGCAGCUGAGGCCUUGUCCAAGGAGAACUUAGAGAGCAUGGUGUGAGCACUGGUUGUGGACAGUCCCUGCUUGAGAAAAAGCAUGAGGUGGCCACACACUUAACCUAUAACCACCAAAAAUGCUAUGGAGAACUACACUGCUUCAGUGGGGACCAAGAAAGUCAUUUGGUGACUUAGGCCAUUGCUUUCUGUGAGAGUCAAAAUAUGCUAUUCCCUCAGCAGACAGAGUCUGGAGACAUCAGCCCCCCCCCUUGGCCAAGACAUACUGCUGCUACUGCUAACAGCUAUUUUAUAGACAGAGAAAGUAUUUUAUGUUCAAAUAAACUUUAAUUACACAAAU